AUGACGACGGACGCGCUGCAGCCAUGGGUUGAGAAAUACCGCCCGAAGAAGGUCUCGGACCUCGCGCACCAGGACCAGGUCGUCAACACGCUCAACCGGGCCCUCCAGGAGCGGAGCAUGCCCCAUCUGCUGUUCUAUGGACCACCAGGCACCGGGAAAACGUCCGCAGCGCUGGCGAUCGGGAAGCAGCUCUUCGGCCCGGAGCUCUACCGCGACCGCGUCAUGGAGCUCAAUGCGUCCGACGAGCGCGGCAUCAACGUCGUGCGCGAGAAAAUCAAGACGUUCGCCGCCCGAGCUGUCGGCCCGCCUGCGCCCGGAUACCCCUGCCCGCCAUUCAAGCUGCUCAUCCUCGACGAGGCCGACUCGAUGACGCAGGACGCCCAGAGCGCGCUGCGGCGCACGAUGGAGCAGUACAGCAAGGUCACGCGGUUCUGCUUCUGCUGCAACUACGUCUCGCGCAUCAUCGACCCGCUGGCGUCGCGGUGCGCCAAGUUCCGUUUUCAGCCGCUGGAGGGCGAGGUGAUGCGGAAGAAGAUCGCCGAGAUCUGCGAGAGCGAGGGCGUGACGCUGCCGCCGGACGCGCACGCCGCGCUCAGCGACGUCUCCGGCGGGGACCUGCGCAAGGCGAUCACGACGCUGCAGUCGGCGGUGCGCCUGGACGGGAAGGAGGUGCGGCGUGCGACGGUCCUGGACGUGAGCGCAGUGGUACCAACGGAGGUGGUGAGCGGACUCGUGGGGGCGUGCCGGCGGGGGGGGGUCGACCAGCUGCACGCCAAGGUGCUGGACACGAUCGCGGAGGGGUACGCGGCGCAGCAGCUGCUGCUGCAGGUGCAGGCGGCGGUCCUGGAGGCCCCGGGGCUGUCGGACGUGCAGAGGGGGGGGGUUCUGGCGCUGCUGGCGGGCGCGGACAAGGCGCUCGUGGACGGCGCGGACGAGACGCUGCAGCUGCUGCACGUGUGCACCGCCGCGCAGCAGAUCAUGCUUUCUCAGCCGUGA